AUGACAGUUGAUAUUCCCAAUCUGUCGACUUUCAGUAAUCCGCUGCUUUGUUCCAACAGCAAGGAGAUACCAUGUCAGGCACAUGCUGGGCGCGGAUGUAAUAGCUGCCACCUGGUUCAAUACUGCUCAAAGGAAUGCCAGACUGCAGAUUGGUCUCGACACAAGCAAGCAUGUAAAUCCCCAUUCAUGAAAAACACUUGGGAACCCGAGUGGUAUCGUACUGGUCGCCAGCCCGAUUUUAUCGGCGAGGGUCCCUCACACACCACGUUCGGCAAUAGAAAGUAUCUCUGGGGCAACAUGCCUGCUCUCGAUAUCUUGAAGUUUCAGGAUAAUGAAGGUAUGACCAGUGCAACGAGCCACGACUUCAACCUCCUCUUUGCCGCAUCGGGUGAUCUUCGGAACGUCAUCAAGACUAUCGCCGGGCUGCCAGAGGGAUAUGGAGGUAAAUGCGUUGCUGUUUUAAACGAUAUAGAUUUCGUCGUCGUGGCUCGCAAUGCCAUCAUGCUCCUCGCUGCACUUCAGUUCGAACCAGACGUCGCAGUACCGAUAAUUAUCCAUUUAUGGUACUCAGCACUACUUCCCCAUGAUAUGGUACAUGCUAUCCAGUCCACCAUCCUUCCUAUGAUCGAAGAUGUUUGCCAGAAGAUCAAGAACAAGCCCGGCAAUGCACUACAAGCAAAGACAUUUGAGGUAAAUGACCGAAAGCUAAGCAUAGCACUGAAGAAAGACGAGUGGGCUCGCUUGGCGACGUUUUGCCAGGUUCGCGAAGGAUUGUCAGCAGAAGCUGCUCAACGGAUUCGCCGCCGCAUUACGCUGGCUCCCGAGAGAGUCGACUAUCGUGAUCGAGCUAUGCUGAAACUGCUUGCUGGUGUUCGCCAGGGAGAAAUCACGCUGUUCUUUCAAAAUGACUGGCUAAUGAACGAUGACGCUACUCCCCGCGGUGGCUGGCGUUUUAACGAGUAUAUGGAGGACGCCCCAGCUGCGAAAGCGGACGAGUUCGGUGCCAUUUUCUUUUACCUCAAAGGACUCCUUCUCAGGUUCUGCGAUAGGCUACGGAGCUCCAACGUUUCAUUCCGCCUGUUCAACAUGGAUGCUCGAGAUAUAGGACCCUAUCUCGACAUGAGGUUUGAUCGUAUAGAGAUCUCCAACAUAUGCGAUCGAGGUUACGUCGGCCCGCACACCUGUCUACAACUCUUCUCACAACUCCUCAAGCCAACAUCACAAAACCCAAACGCCACACUACUUCUUCUCUUCAUAAAUGCCGCCGUGGAAGUAGAUCGCGAAGCACACCCGCAAGGAGAUCUCCAGUCACUCGUACCGGCUAUGGAACGCCUCAGAGAGUACAUACCCUUCGACAAAUCCCGCGCAAACAUGAACGGAGCUGGAAUGAAUCUAGCUGCACAUCCCGACCUAAUCUUGCGUAUCGCCUGUUCCGAUAUGUUCAAACCGUGGCACAAGCACUUUGAUACUUUCAUGGAUGAGUGCAGGAUUACGCAGUUCGCUGCGCUGUGUGGGAUGGCUGUCAAGAAGAAACAUACCAUUGUUCAGCCUUGGCCGUACAGGGUUGAGGAUCAAACUACACAAAGAGAUUUCGAUGUUCUGCGCGCGAGUAGUAGAACUGGAUUUGAGCGAUAUGUAGAGUUGCAGAAGCUUGGAAGUACUGCUGAUGAUGCGCGUAUUGCGUUUGCCCACCUGCAAUUGUAG